AAUUCGCGUGAGAACAAAUAACCCAGACUUGCUGCAGAUACCUAUAGAUUAUGGAAAUAAGAUGCAAAUUUUCUGUUUGAAGGACCAAAUAUCUUUCUAAUAACGGGUUGCCAUCGUGCGUUUAAUCAAUCGCAGGCCCAAAGGCACCACUGUGUUCGCUACAAGCACAGGCUUCACAAUCAUUAGUGAAUAAAGAAUUUCAAAAUAAAUCCAUCAUGAACGAUUGUGAAAUUGAAUGCCUGAAAACUGAAUUGGAACAUGAAAAGAACUGCCGAGAAUCAGCAGCUUGGCAAAAUGGAGAACUUGAGAAGCAGAUAGUACUGGUUCAAGACGAAUUGCGCAAAACUGACUACACUUGGGACCAUGAUGAUGACUUGAUGAAAGAGAGCGCAAGACAUAAGGUUUACCAGGACACCAUAGAAACACUGAGGGAACAACUGCCCGCAUUGAAAGACAAGAUCAAAAAGGCUAAGAUUUGUGGACUUGACUGCAAAUUGAAACACGACGACCUCAACAUAAAUCUGGACCUCCUUACACCGGCAGAGCUGUUGCGAACAGUGAAAAGAUUUGAGCGUCUGAAAACGGAUCUGAUAAGUACGCUGCGAAGUAAAGAGUGGCGUUUAGACUCGGAGUCUAAGUUGUUCGUAAGAGUGAACGACCAAAGAACUUACCUGCAGAACGAGUUGAUGAUAUGUCAGAACAAUAUCAUGCGACUGCAGAAGAAUAGCAGCUACUGGCAGCCUUACGUUGCAGGAACGUCGCCCGAAAGAACGACGAGCGAGUACUUGACGCAAAGCGAGGACCUAUAAAGAAGAUUAUAGGUAACGAGCGGCUCGCACCCAUCGCUACGUAGACAACUAGACAACAUAGGCGUAGCCAGGUCUUACUUUCGGGAGGGGUUCAAGAAAGUCGACCCUUUAAAUGUGUGAAAAAACUUCCUUCAUACAUGAGAAAAAGAAACAAUUUAUGUAAUAAACAGAUUCAUAGGUAGUCAUAGACACCUUUGCCAAACAGGGGAUGUACUAUGCUAACUAGAAAAAUAACGCUCUGUAACGUCUAGGUACGCAUUUUUCGGAGGGGGGAGGGUUUGGAGGUUCAAUCCCCCUGGCUACGCCUAUGCUAGACAAAAUAUAUUUUUAUCAACUUACACACUGUAGAGAUGUAUUUUGUUACACAGAAGAUAAUUUUAAAUUAUAUUUACUCUAAUAAGGAAUAUCUAUUUACCAUUAGGUAGUAUUGUAAGUCGGUGUUUCGAAAUAGGUAAACCUAUUUAUGUUAGAUAGACAAAGUCAAGACCUAACUAUAGUAGGUAUAAUUACAUUUAAAUUGUAUUUGUUUUCCUGAAACGUCUAUUUUCUAUUAAUACUCAAAAGUUUGUAUUUCCACCUAAAUAUAAUAUUAUGCAGAUUAUAAGUAUUGCACUCUUUCUAUUGAUUAAUCCGUGGCUUUAAUUCUAGACCGAAAUACUUAGGUAUAGAUACAAUUGAAGGAUGUGACUUAGAUAGUUUAAUGUAGGUAUCAUAUGAUCUAUUUAUUAGAGUACCUUACUAAAAUCCGAAGGGAUAAUUGACAUUUUGAACGCUAUGUAUAAAAUGAGUGGCAAAGUUAACCAAAAUGAAUUUCCAAAUAAAAUAGAAUGUGUUAUACAUAAUGUACUUACGUAGGUACUAAAUUCACACAGUAAUAAGCACGUAGAAAUAAUAAACAUUAAUAACAAUAA